UCACGGCCCAGAACCGCAGCGAGCGCCGGGUGCGGCGCUGCCGCCGCAGGGAUGUGACCUUCACCGCCGCUUGGCCAGGAUGACCGGUGCCCGUGUCCCGCGGCGUCCGCGGCUCGCUUCAGCCUCCUGGGUGCUCUGACUGCACGCUCCCGGCUGCCUGGUCCGGGCCUCGCCAUGCCGCCACCGCCCGGGCCCGCCGCCGCCCUGGGCACUGCGCUCCUGCUGCUUCUGCUGGCCUCCGAGUCUUCGCACACUGUACUGUUGCGGGCGCGUGAGGCGGCGCAGUUCCUGCGGCCCAGGCAGCGCCGCGCCUACCAAGUCUUCGAGGAGGCCAAGCAGGGCCACCUGGAACGGGAGUGUGUGGAGGAGGUGUGCAGCAAGGAGGAGGCCAGAGAGGUGUUCGAGAACGACCUGGAGACGGAAUAUUUCUAUCCAAGAUAUCAAGAGUGCAUGAGAAAAUAUGGCAGGCCUGAAGAUAAAAACCCGGAUUUCACCACAUGUGUUCAGAACUUGCCUGACCAGUGCACCCCAAACCCUUGUGAUAAGAAGGGGACUCAACUCUGCCAAGACCUUAUGGGCAACUUCUUCUGCAAGUGCAACGCUGGCUGGGGAGGCCGGCUCUGUGACAAAGAUGUCAAUGAGUGUGGUCAGAAGAACGGGGGCUGCAGCCAGGUCUGCCACAACAAACCAGGAAGCUUCCAAUGUGCCUGCCAUAGCGGCUUCUCGAUUGCAUCAGAUGGCAAGACCUGCCAAGCCUCGGCCUGGCUGGCUUUGCUUGCAGAUAUAGACGAGUGCACAGACUCAGACACCUGUGGGGACGCACGCUGUAAGAACCUGCCGGGCUCCUACUCCUGCCUCUGUGACAAGGGAUACACAUACAGCUCCAAGGAGAAGACGUGCCAAGAUGUGGACGAGUGUCAGCAGGAUCGCUGUGAGCAGACCUGUGUCAACUCCCCAGGCAGCUAUACCUGCCAUUGUGAUGGGCGUGGGGGCCUAAAGCUGUCCCCAGACAUGGAUACUUGUGAGGACAUCUUACCAUGUGUCCCCUUCAGCAUGGCCAAGAGCGUGAAGUCCUUGUACCUGGGCCGCAUGUUCAGCGGGACCCCCGUGAUUAGACUUCGCUUUAAGAGGCUUCAGCCUACCAGGCUGCUGGCUGAAUUUGACUUCCGAACUUUUGACCCUGAAGGAGUCCUCUUCUUCGCUGGAGGCCGUUCAGAUAGCACCUGGAUUGUCCUGGGCCUAAGGGCCGGGCGGCUUGAGUUGCAGCUUCGGUACAAUGGUGUCGGGCGUAUCACUAGCAGUGGGCCAACCAUCAACCACGGCAUGUGGCAAACGAUCUCUGUGGAAGAGCUGGAACGCAACCUUGUCAUCAAGGUCAACAAAGAUGCCGUGAUGAAGAUUGCGGUGGCUGGGGAAUUGUUCCAGCUGGAGAGGGGCCUGUAUCACCUGAACCUCACUGUGGGUGGCAUUCCCUUCAAGGAGAGUGACCUCGUCCAGCCGAUUAACCCUCGCCUGGAUGGAUGCAUGAGGAGCUGGAACUGGCUGAACGGGGAGGACAGUGCCAUCCAGGAAACGGUCAAGGCAAAUACAAAAAUGCAGUGCUUCUCUGUGACAGAGAGGGGCUCCUUCUUCCCAGGGAACGGAUUUGCCUUCUACAACCUCAACUACACCCGAACAUCGCUGGAUGUCGGCACAGAAACCACCUGGGAAGUAGAAGUUGUGGCUCGGAUUCGGCCUGCCACUGACACGGGGGUGCUACUGGCACUGGUCGGGGACAACGAUGUCAUCCCCCUCUCUGUGGCCCUGGUCGACUAUCACUCUACAAAGAAGCUCAAGAAGCAGUUGGUGGUCCUGGCAGUUGAGGACGUUGCCCUGGCACUGAUGGAAAUCAAGGUGUGCGACAGCCAGGAACACAUGGUCACUGUCUCCCUGCGGGAUGGUGAUGCCACCCUGGAAGUGGAUGGCACUAAAGGCCAGAGCGAAGUGAGCACUGCACAGCUGCAGGAGCGACUGGACACACUUAAAACACAUCUGCAGGGCUCUGUGCGCACCUAUGUUGGAGGCCUGCCAGAAGUAUCAGUGACUUCUGCACCUGUCACUGCGUUCUACCGUGGAUGCAUGACUCUGGAGGUAAAUGGGAAGAUCCUGGACCUGGAUACGGCCUCAUACAAGCACAGUGACAUCAUCUCCCACUCCUGCCCGCCUGUGGAGCAUGCCACACCCUAGACCAAGCCGCGAGAGGUCUCUAUACCUAAAGACGACAAAAAUGAAGCAGGGUUUGGACACAUAGCACUGGUUCCUCUCGCAUGGUCCUGCAACACUGGAGCAGGUGGGCGACCGCCCUUGUGGCGGUUUUUUUUUUUUUUUUUUUUUUUUCUUGAGAUCUUUCUUUUUUUGCCUUGUAACAUAUCUGUACAUAAUGGGACUGGUAUCAGGUCACCGGCUGCUCAUGGAGAGCCAUGUGGCCUGGUGGGAACUGGCUGGAAGGGGCUGGACUGGAGGGGCUGGCAGUUUGCAGCAGAACGGAUGUGAAGAAGAUAAUUCUCUAUUAUUUUUAUUACCACAUGCCUCUUUCUGAUUCGAAAAUAUGGAAAAUAAAAUAUUUACAGAAACCUUUUUAA